GUGCUCAGUGUGCAUUAAGUGUUUCUCGCGUUGGAUGCGUUUUUAAAAGAAAAAGUGAAAAAAGUAUCAAAAGUGAAUCAGCAGUGGAUAUCCAUAUUACCACCUUAGCGUAACACCUGUGCUAGUUGUUGUGAAGCGUUAAACUGUCCAACUGUGAUUAUUGUUCCUUCAAGUGGCUUAAAACGUGUUUUGGAUACCUUGUAACGAUGUGAUGGACAACCCCGGCUACCAGCACGACGAGGCCGCGGGCAGCGUGCAACAGCGGCCGCUGCCGGGCACGCCGGGGGGCGCCGCCACCGCCGACAACUCCAUCCCCAUGUCGGGCACCGCGGCGCCGGGGCCGCAGCAGCCGCCGCACCAGCACCAGCCGCUGCACCAGCCGCUGUACCACGCGCUCCAGGACGGCAGGAGGGGCGCCUCCCCGCAGGAGGCCGCCGGCAGGAGGGCGCGCUCCCUCAGGGCGCCGCCGAGGAGGCCGCCGCCCAGCGAGGACGCCUCAGGCCGCUGCACGCUCAACAACAGCCGGGUCUCGCUGGCGUCGUGGUCGCCCGGGCCUGACGGGCUCCUGCACGGCGCGGGGCGCAGCGCGGGCAGCUCGCCGGGAUCUCCUGGCGGCCCCGUCCACCAUCAGCUGCAGCACCCCGCGCACCCGCCGCACCACCUGCCGGGCAGCGCCCUGAGCACCCUGAGCGGCGCCCUGGCCGGCGCCACCGGCACCCUCACCAACCCCUCGGCGCUCAAGGUGCGGAGGAACUUCAUCAGCAGCCCACCGGAGUACCAGGCGACCGCGCACCACCCGGGCCUGCUGCACCCGCCGCCGCCCGCCUGGGGCCAGCACAAGCUCCACCCGCUGCGGAACGCGCUCGCCUACCCGCUGCUGCAGGUGUGCAACAACCAGCUGCAGCUGCACCCGCACCUGGGCGAGGACGGGCUGGUCACCAAGAAGCCGUGCCGCUGCCCGCCCGAGGAGCCCGUGCACGAGUACUCGUCCAUCCUGGGGCCGGCGCCACACAAGGCCGCCCUGGCCGCCUCCACCGAGCCGCUGUACUGGUCGCCCGUGCUCAAGCGGGCGGCCGGGGGCGGCGGCGCGGGCGCGGGGGUGGGCGGCGUCGGGGCGAGCGCGGCCCAGGGCAGUCACCCCGUCGGCGACGAGGGCACGCUCAAGAAGGGCUGGAGCGGCACGUCGCGCGUCUUCAAGUACAUCGUGCAGCGGCGGGGCAGCUUGGGUGCGGGCGGCGGCGCGGGCGCGGGCCGCGGCUGGCGCUGCCUGCUCGCGCUGCUGGCCGCCGCGGCCGCCGCCGUGCUCCUCACCGCCGGGCUCGCCGCCUACCUCACCGACGGUUUCGGCUUACUACGAUCAACGGAAGCAGCCCUGCGAGGGAACGGUAUGGUGACCCUGGCCGGCGAGUUUCGUGUGGUGAGCGAGCGGUGGUCACCCAGCCUCGGGGACGAGCAGUCCGCCGCCUGGAGGACUCUGGCCGACAGGAUACAGCUACAGCUGGACGCGCUGUUCGAGGCGAGCGCGCUCGCGGCGCACUACCGCCACUCGACGGUCACCUCGCUGAGGCCGAGUGAGGACGUACUCGACGCUAUCGACGUGGACUGCGACGUUGUCCUGGGCGACGCGGCGCACAUGCCCGACCUGGUGGAGCGCGCGGGCCUUGCCUUCCUCCGAGGGCUGCGGAGGCGCGCGGGCCGCGCCUGGCUCGGUGACCUUGCCGUCGACGUGCAGUCCAUCGGCUUCGUCGGCGCACCCAUCGCCACCGACGAGGACGGCGAGGAGGCAGGCCCGUCGACGCCGACCCCGACCGCCGCCAGAGCCGACCCCGCGGUGCCCGGGUGGGCGCCGUGGUCGUCCUGGAGCGAGUGCUACUGGACCGGUUCGUCGGGAGACGUUCGCGGUGGCGGCAGCGCGGGCACCAUGGUGCGUCUGCGCAGCAGGACAUGCUCGCUGGACGGAGGCCGCGGCCGCGCCCUGGACGGCCCCGAGCCGUGCCUCCUGCGGCUGCCCUCGGCCGGCUCGCCCUUCGAGAUGGAGCCAUGCCAGAGCCAGCCCGCACCCGGCGCGCCCACCGCCGCCACCAUCCUCAUCCAAGACACCGUCGUGGCGCUCGGCCCCUCCAAACCCUCCCCGGUGACGCCGGGUGCAACGCCCACCACCAGCACGGCACGGCCUCCUAGUGCCACAUCGCCGACGUCCUCCUCGUCUUCCACUUCGACUGUGAUAACCCCCUCCCUGCCCCUCCACCCCGCCACCCCUGUGACGUCCGCGUCGACGCCGUCUUCCGAGCCGCACCCCUCGCCCUUCUCUAUGACCACGCUGCUGGUGCCCGUCAUCGUCACCCAGCGGCCCACCACCACGUCCACUACCACGGCCGCCCCCCGCAGAGAGCCCCGGCACUGCGACGAGUGCCUGACCGGCGAGGUGUGCGUCGCCCUGGGCGAGGAGGCCGUGCCCCGCUGCCACGCCGUCAAGGACCCGCUCGACCCUACGGGCUGCGGUGGCCACUGCAAGCUCAACUUCGAGUUCUGCCAACGCCUCGACGUGGAUGCCUUCCGCUGCGUGGACGACUCGGUGUGCCUGCCCGGCGAGUGGCGCUGCGGCAACCAGCUCUGCAUACCCCUCGUCAAGCGCUGCGACGGCCACUUCAACUGCUAUGACCACACCGACGAGCACAACUGCGAAUGCAAUCUGCAGACGCACUUUCAGUGUGGAAACAAGACAUCCUGCCUGCCUAAGUCGAAGCGCUGUGAUGGUGUUGUCGAUUGCUGGGAUGCUGCUGAUGAACUAAAUUGUACUAGAACUUUCUCACUUUCAGCUUGCCCAAGGCAAGACCAAUUCACAUGCUCUAAUGGCCAAUGCAUAUCUCAUGCAAGAUUCUGUGAUGGAUUUGCUGACUGUGGAGACAAGUCUGACGAACCUUUUGGAUGUGGAGGUGAUUGCAAAAACCAUGAAUGGAAAUGUGGAAAUGGUAGAUGUAUUAGGAAGCGAGCUGUAUGCAAUGGUGUAGAUGAUUGCGGUGAUCUAUCAGACGAAAAGGAGUGCAGGAAAAGCAGACUUCCUGGAAGUUAACAACCAUCUUCCACAUUUAGAGAAACCAAAAAGACUUAAAUAUAUAGGAUUAUUUAAUUAUUUAAAGAAAAAUGUAUAAAUCUGCAGCCCUGGGCCUGUCAGAAAACGCCAAAGAUAGUACAAUACUGUUAGUGUAUUUUUAAGUAAUACACAGUUUUAAACAUUGUGAUGUCUACUUUAAGAAAAAAGAGGGACACCUCUAAAGAAUUUUGAAAGUGUAUUUUAGGUUGUAACUAAUAGUAAAUUCUACUGUGACAUUCAUAAGAACCAUUAUUGAACCAAGAGUAGCUUUUAAAAGCGCACUCCAAAAUUUAAUGCAAAAGUCUUAUUUUUGUGAAUACGUUUUUUUUUUUAAAUGGUGUGAGUCAAAAAACCAAUCAGGUCAUAAAAUCCUGUUAGCAGAACAAACAUUUGGAAAUGUUGAUAAAGAAAUCUCAAAGUUUACCAAGUAAAACUGAAGAAUUUGUACAGCAGGACACAAAUGUCUAAAUAAUACUUGCUAGUCAUUUGUAAUAUUGUUGAUUUAAUUAAGGUUUGUAUAUGGGGAUAGAUAAUUUAGAGGAUUAAGCCUGAACUGUUAGAAAAGAUAUGUAUUUGUGUAAAAAUGUUAAAUUUCUAUUUAAACACCAAUAUUCUUGGAAAGAAAAUAAAACGAGUGAAAACAGAGUAACAAUA